UUAGAUUAUUGUUCAUUCUAAUUGGAAAUUGAGAGCGGUUCUCUUCAAACGCCGGUAUCAAAAGUACUUAGUAACACACGCACGGCCACCACUCGACCUCGGGCCGCGCGAUGCUGUGUUGCUGUACGUGUGACUCUCCCAGACCUUCCAACCUUUGAAUGACCUGAGGCACCUACUGGCAAGUGGUCGAAACGAAACUCACCUGAAACUGAUAGACACCAAAACCGGCAUCGGAUCCCAACUCGACCCGCGCUCAGCCCUGGCAACAUUUUCACAUCGGCCUAGAUCUCACUAGCACUGGCCAAUUGGAUUUGUGGCGAACCCGUCCUGUGUUUAUGAUAUCAGUGUGUUCAUAUGGCUCGAUCGUGGCUAUAAUAAUGUUGGCCGCGAGAUGGAAUACAGCAUAAAUACGCCCCGCCUUAUUCUUGUCUGCACCUCAACUUUUCCCUCGGACCGAGUCCAUGAUGAUCUCCGCCAUGGUCAAGCUCGACGUUGCACAACUACCAAGGGCCUCGACUGAACCCUUACAAGCUGGCGCUAAAAUUAAGAAAAGAAUCAUCGUGUGCUGCGAUGGAACCUGGCAAGACGGAGUGAUUGCGAAGGAGGGUUGGCAGCAAACCAACAUCCUGAAACUAUCCCGGGGACUGGAGCAUCAGGAUACACGAUCGGGAGUUCCGAUUCCGCAGGUCGUGUACUACCAAUGUGGCAUUGGAACCGGCCAAAAUUUCUACUCUGAAUAUGUCGAAGGUGCGACAGGAGGAUCCCUAGGUGAAAAGGUUCAAGAGGCUUAUGCGUUCAUUGCCCAAAACUACCACCCCGGCGAUGAAAUAUUCCUCUUUGGCUUCUCUAGGGGUGCAUAUACCGCACGGAUGGUAGCCAUGUUCAUCGGCGCCAUCGGUGUCCUAGACCGCACCGACAUGGAUAACUUCGCCAAGAUAUUUGUUACGUACCAAAAACUUGGCAAAGAAACUGACCCACAAGAGAUCGAAAAGCUGGAUGCAUUGUUGAGCCAGUGGACCUCCCCCGAUUCCCGGGGAAAGAGAAGAGCUUAUUCUGAUGAUAACUCUUUCUCCAUAAAAUGUGUCGGUGUUUUUGAUACUGUCGGUUCGGUUGGUCUACCUGAAGAAUUGACGCACAAGUCGCCUUCCACAAAAUCUAUUUUUGGCUUUCCCAACAAUGAACUUGGGGAACAUAUCGAGCGUGCAUACCAUGCGCUUGCUAUCAAUGAAACCAGACUAGACUUUGACUGCUGCAAAUUUGUGCAAACGGACGGCGGACGACGGAAAGGGCAGAUUUUGAAACAGUGCUGGUUUUCUGGUGAACAUUCAGACAUCGGAGGUGGCUGGAAAGUACAUGACUUAUCUGAUAUAACUCUUGCGUGGAUGGUGGCCAAUAUCGCUGACAUGCUGUUCAUUGAUAUUGCAUACAUCUCUUCGCUGUCAAAUCCAGUGGCUCCUUGGGGAAAGCAGCGCCCACAUGACGCACGCACCGGUAUAUUCGUAUUAUCGCAGGCAAAUGUCAGAAAACUUCCAACAGUCACAGAUAACAUCACGCACGAAACAUUCCACCCCUCUGUUCUUCAACAGCAACCACCGAUCUCAUUCGAUUCCGCUCUUCUUUGCGAGUUGCUACCUGUGGAGGAAGAGCUACAGAAGAAAUGGCUAUAUAUUGAAGUGGAACGCCAGGUAAAUGGAGCAGCGCACACACAAUCAUUACCUGGGUCCCCCCGAGUCGGCUCGGUCAGCCAGGCAGACUCUGUGGGAACACGUUCGGGUCGUGGCAGGGGGACAUUCCAAACUACUCGCGGUCACACGCAUACAUCUCGGUUUGGAAGCUUCCGACACAUGUUGCCCCCCUUGUCGCUGUAAUGAAUUUUAAAUACAAAUAAAUCUUUCUUACUAGCUUCAUGGAUGGAGCUUAUAUAUCAUGUUAUUAUAUAUAUUAUAUGUAUGUCUUCUUUAUGAAUUGUUUUGCCUAACGUGCGCGCGAUGCACUUGCUAUA